GCCUACACAAGAAACAGCGUGUCUCAUUGCAAUACAAAGCUAUAUAUAAAGUCAAAAGUCGAUAUUAUCAGAGCGAAGGUUGCCCGUGCUCAACUGAUUAUGCAAAGCUAAAGGAAAUUCUGAGCAGGAUCCCUGACUUGACGCGCGUUGUCGCGAGAGGCUUUGCUGUGUUGCCUAAAAGGAAGCGCCUCAUAAAGCGGCCGGGAAGAAGCCGAGGCCUCCUUGCCAGUAGAGGUCAGUAAUUCGAUCUCUGCUCAAGCGACGCGAACGAGACGGCCACGCUCGUUGAAGCCUCCGCGGCAGUAGCUCCUCCCGCUCCCCGUCCUUGGCUGAUGAGGUAUCCAUGGCGGCGGCAACGUUGGAGGCCUGUUGAGUGAGCGCCGUCUUGCUUGGUCGACUGGCCCCAGAAAACCCCAUGGCUGCUCGAAGCGAGGACGAAGCAAUUCUCUUCAGGCGCGGGGCCGGGCAGAGUGAUGAUUCUGAUAUAUGGGAUGAUACAGCCCUCAUAAAGGCAUAUGAUAAAGCAGUUGCAUCUUUCAAGAAUGCUUUGAAGAAUGGUGACUGUUCAGAGCCUUUGGCUAAAAUGGAGCAAAAUGCUGGAACGAAAAGAAAAAAUAACAAAAAGAACAAGAGUAGGAAGAAAAGUAAUGCUGCAUCACAGAAACAGUGGAGAGUUAACGAUGCAUGCAGUGCAGUUUGGUCUGAAGAUGGUAAUGUGUACCAAGCAACCAUUAACUCAAUUAACUGGAAAAAAGGGACAUGUGUAGUGGUUUAUACUGGAUAUGGAAAUAGGGAAGAGCACCGGCUGUCUGAUCUGCUGCCACCAAUAGAUGCUGAGGGAACAAAUGAGGAAAGAAGCGCCGGGGAGAAUGCAAAUGAGGCUCAGUAUUCAACUGAUGAAAGUGACCGGUCCUUCCAGUCACCUGGAAAUAAACACAGUCGUACAAAAUCAGCGCAAUGGAAUUCGCACUUCCCUCUGCUGGCGCCACCACCACCACUGGGAUUGGGAAGGACUGGGUCAAAGUUCAGUGGACCUCCAUCUUUCUUAUCAGGCUGGCCUCCACCGUUUCCAUCAGGACCACCGUUGAUACCACCACCACCACCUCUGAGUCCAGACUCGUCAGAAGAUGACGAAGCAUUAGGAAGUAUGUUAAUAGCCUGGUAUAUGAGUGGUUAUCAUACUGGCUACUAUCUGGGUUUAAAACAGAGCCGAAUGGAAGCUACGUUGGGGAGACACACCCAUUCUAAGUAGCAGCUGUGUGAAAAAAUCUCUCCCAUGGAGAGGGAUACCCCACGUAUACAUUCUUCAACAAAGAUGAAGUGUUCACUGAGAGGGAGAUCACUGACUGUAUAAUCCUCAGAGGCAUCACUUACCCACUUUGUACAAAUGAUACUUUGCUAGCAAGAUUACAGGUUUAACCCUGUUUUUAUCAUGUAUUGUCCCACUCUCGAGUGCCUAUUCUGAACUAAUUCCUCUUCCUCUGCAUCUGAUUAUCUAGCCUUGCACUGAUUUAAGGUGCUAACAGAAUCACUUGGCAGUGACAAUAGGCAUAGAGAAACUAGUUGACUGUUGGUUUGAAGAUUCCACAGAAAGUAUCUUUUUUUCUUCACUUGUUUUUCAGAUCUUGUUUGGAACUGUUCAUGUACACAUCCAGUAAAACACCUGACAGGUUCAUGUCAUUGCUUAUUAUGUACUUAAACUUUCUAGAAGGUGUAACCAGUCAGUGAUUUUUAUAGAUGCUUGUGGUUGGUUACCCAGUGGUCCAGACUGUGGGGCUAGAACAAAUCUGUUCAAGCGAAUAGGGAUCUGUUACUUAGCAGUGAUGUCACUGAACUUGUUUAAAAUACUCAAUAAACUUUUUUCCCCAAAACUUUA